AUGGUACUAAGACACAACAGUCCGAAAACUAGUGAGAAACAGCUGAAUAGUUUAAUGGACAUACAUCGUAUGGGAACCGCACCUGGGUCGUAUCAACACUUUCCUAAAUCUAACAGUCCAGCCCUGAGUAAUUCCUCGGGACAACGUACAAGAGCUAAAUGCGACCUAAGUACUGUUAUUCUGUCUGAUUGCCCUUACUCUGACACAGAAACUCAGGUUCAUCCAACAGCUGUUGAUAAGAUGGGUAAAUAUUUUUUGCUAUUUGAUGAUCCUUUAGAGGAUGCUUUGGGUGGAAAGACGUAG